UAUAAAAGGAAAGGCAUAACAGCAGCAAGUAGCACUCCAUUGGCUUUGCAGCUGCCUUAAGACAAGUGAGCAGAGAAGGAUAACCAUGAGUACCGUUACCAAGAAUACCUUGAAGAGCUCCUUGAUGCAGCUCCAGUGUCAUUUUACAUGGGCUUUGCUGAAAGAAGAUAUGGAUCUAGAUAACCUAGAGGACACAAUAGGUGAUCAGAUCAAGUUUUUUGCAAAUUCCAACUUAAAUCAUUAUAAUCUACUGUCCUACAUAUGCCAUCUAAAGAAUUCAAAUGAGCAAGCCCUGAAAUAUCUCCAACAAGCUGAAGAAGAAGUUAAGAAAAACUACCCAGAUGAAAUCACCAGAAGUCUUGUUACCUGGGGGAACUAUGCCUGGAUCUAUUACAACAUGGGAAGAUACAAAGAAGCUCAAACUUAUGUAAGCAAAGUGGAAAACAGCUGCAAAAAGCUUUCAAGUACUGCUCCAGGGAAGAUUCAGCUUCCAGAGAUCUAUGCUGAACAAGGGUGGGCAUUUUUGAAGUUUGGGAGAAAAUACUACGAGAGAGCAAAGGAUUGUUUUGAAAAUGCUCUGAAGAAUGAACCCAAUAACCCAGAAUUUAAUGCUGGCUAUGCAAUAGUGAUGUAUCGUUUGGAAGAUUUUUCUCGGAGAGAAUGUGAAUAUGUAAACCCAUCGAUUGAGGCCCUGAAGCGUGCAGUAGAACUGAACCCAAAUAAUACUUUUAUUAUGGCCUUACUUGCAUUAAAACUUCAGGACUUGAAGCAAGUUGAUGAAGGGGAGAGGUACAUUGAAGCAGCAAUGCAGAAAACACCUGAUUUUCCUUAUGUCCUGCGAUAUGCUGCUAAAUUUUAUAGAAGGAAGAGAGAAGUGGACAAGGCACUGGAAAUUUUGAAGAAGGCCCUAGUGCUGACACCAAAAUCAGCCUUUUUGCAUCACCAAGUAGGAGUCUGCUACAAAGAAAAGCUGUUUAAAUUGAAAAAGACAAGAUAUCCACCUCAAGAACAAGUAGAGGAACUCCUCCGACUUUCCAUUUUUCAUUUUAAAACAGCGACUGACCAAAACACAAAAUCCUUUGUUGCCUAUAUUGGCCUAGCAAACAUGUAUGCAAAAGGAAAGAGGUAUGAAGAAGCAGAAGAGACAUUUCAGAAAGCAUUUCAGAUAAAUACUCUAUCCUAUGCUGAUAAACAAGAAUUCUAUUACCAUUAUGGCAAUUUUCAGCUUUUUCACAUGAAAUCGGAAUCUGAAGCCAUUAGGAAUUACACAGAAGGGCUGAAAAUUGCAAAAGAUUCCUAUGGAAGACGAAAUUGCAUAGGUGCCCUGAAGGAAUUGUUGGAAAAGAGAAUUCAGGAAGGUUUGAGAAAUGCAACAGAUUUUGGUACACUGGGAUUCAUUCACAAACUGAAAAAUGAGAAAUAUAAAGCAAUUGAGUGCUAUGAGAAAGCCACUUCAUUAUGUCCCAACAAUGAAGAAUAUGUGAGUGCAUUAUGCGAGCUACAACUUUCCAUCACAAGCUCAAGCUCCACAAAUUCUUCAUUAAAAAAAAACCAAACAAACAAAACUUAAAUCCCAAACCCAAGGACAUUUUAACAGACUCUCAAAACCUUUUUUAAGGUUGAAAUUACAAGCAGAUGAAACAUCUGGUAGCAUCACUUUCUAGUGAUAAUGUAGAAACUGCAGAUGAGUAUUAUUCAUUUGUUUGUUUAUUCACCAACAGAGCAUGCUUGGAAAGAUGAAAUAAUAGCUAGGAUGUCUUAGUUUUCACUGCUGAAAUACAACCUUUCUACCAGUGUAAGCGAUAUAUGUAGAACAUAGAGCCUUGAAGAUGGAAAUCAGAUCUUACCUUCAACUGAGAAAAAGAUGAGAAGAAAAAAGAAAAGUAUUAUAGUAUUUCUUCUGUCCACUUGAAAGGCAUGCUUAUACACAAAUGGAAUCUAUGAUGCUAUUUCAAAUAUUUAAAGGAUAUCUUUUUUAGUGUUAUUUAGAAGAAACACUUGAAGACUUCUUUAGUUUACUAACUUGCAUGUUGUUUAGCUAUGAAAAGUAACCACUAUUUGACUAGUUUACAGUGAAGCUUACAAAAUGUGUAUUAUUGUUCUGAACUAUUAAAGAGCAUUGCAUCUA